CACACGCACGCGACACGGCACCCCUGGGACGGCCGGUGGGGUCCCCGCCGAGCGCCGGUCUCCCGGGCCGCCCGGGGGUCAGCGUGCCCCGAGGUGGCACCGGGCGGGACACGGGGUCCCCGGGGGGCACGCGUGCGGCAGGUGGGUGCGUGUGGGCGGGCUCGUGGCUCCGCCGAGGCUCCGGUGAGCCCCCCGCGGCGGGGACCCCCCUCUCGGCCGGGGCCAUGCUGGGGGGUCCGGAGCGGGGUGCGGGGCGCCUGCGGAUCUGCGAGCGGACCAAGCUGGUGCUGGUGGAGAUCGACACGGUGGCGUGUUGCAGCCCGGCUACCGGCAUGGCUGCGGGGUGCUGGCCCGAGCCCCCCUGGACCUACCGCCGCAUCGCCGGGGAGUACGCGUACCUGGAGAAGCGCUUUGUGGCCGAGCUGGCCCCCCCCUGGCCCCCAGUGCCCUCCAACCCCCCUUGUCGCCUGCAGGACUUCACCGCCCGGCCCCGGGUGCCCCCCACCCCCUGCCCCCCGCGACAGCUUGAGGGGCCAGGGGGCAGUGGACCCUGGGGGGGGCACCCUGUGCCUGCGCCUCGGCCCCCGGUGUCGGGGGACAAGCCGGGCCCCCCCACCUACGAGGUGCACAUGCAGCGGGUGCAGGCGGCCCACGCCCGCCGUGGGGGACCCCCCCCUUACAUCGCGCCCCCCGCCUAUGACGGUCCCCACCGCACCCUGCAGCUCCGCCCCCCGCGGGGACCCCGCAGCCCCCCGCCGGCACCUCGGGCCCGGGGGGCUGUGCCGGGGGGCUGGAGCCACACACUGCCCCGGGCGGCCACCGAGGCCAAGCACCGGUGGCCCCGUGGGAUGCAGCUGUCCCCAGGAGGGCCUGGCACGCCCCGGCACUGCCAGACGCUGCCACGGGCGGCAGCCGGCCGGGAGCGGGUGCCGGGGCGCGGGAGGGGGCAGCGGGGGUCGGGGGGACACGUCCUCAUUGACGCCACCCGUGUGGUGGUCCGGGCCCAGUACGUGCCACCCCCGCAGCGACAGCAGGUCCGCUAUGCCAGGGGCUCGCUGGGGCCUGGCACCCCUCCUCGCAGCCCUUCCGUGCCCUCCGCGGUCGGCAGCCCUUCCGCUGCUCCCUCGCCCCCACGGGAGCCCUCCGGCAGCCCCCGCAGCCCGUGGCAGAGCCCGGGGGGCUGCAGGGGUGCCCGCGGGCGGCCCCCCCCGCGGCGGCCGGUGCUGUACGCCCAGGCGCUGCGGGAAGCCGUGUCCCGCAUCCGCCGGCACACGGCGCCCGACUCGGACUCGGACGCCGAGGGCAGCGUGGGGGGCUCCCGGCAGCGGCUCUGCCGAGACCCCCGCGCCUACAGCAGCAGCAGCAGCAGCCUGGAGAGCACCGGGGCCCCCCCGGGCCCCGCCAGCCCCACCCCUGCCUGAGAGGUGGGGCUUGCCGGGGUGUGGCACUUCUGGGGCGGGGCUUGCCGGGGUGUGGUUCUCCGGGGCGGGGUUUGUUGGGUGGUCUCGGGGGCGGGGCUCAGGACUGGAGUUCCCACGGGCUGACCCCAAUAAAAGCUCCGCGAUCCCGGUG